GUCACUGCCUUCCAUCCAUUCAUUCCAUUCCAAUCUCCUGCUUCAUCCAGGCUCUGGCCGUCCUUGGUUUGCGGUGCUCCUCUCGUCGCCAUUCCGUCUUAAUACCCAUGCUAUUUUGACUCUACUAUCUUUCCCACAAGCUUUACCAGUCAAGCUUCGUUGGUGCGAAGCUCCUCUCACUUCUGCCUGUUGUCCUGGACCUGAACAGUCCUACUCCGCAAUCAUGACCGCCGGACUCAAGACGAUCAUCGCCCUCUCCUUUGUUCUCGCCAUUGGCUUCCUGCUGGUUAUUUUGUCAUCGGCGCUCUGGCACAACUUCCUCCCACUGGUCGUCGUUGCGACUUACGUGGUUGCUCCCCUGCCCAACUGGAUCUGCUCGCGAUGCGCAAACCCCGAUGACUUUAUGGACAGCUCUGGAAAUGCUGCUGCUGAUUUUGGUCGUUUCCUGACGGGCUUCCUGGUGCUGAUGGGUAUUGCCCUCCCCGCCGUUCUUGCGCACAGCGGCGCUAUCGAGAUCCCCGCCAUGAUCAUGUCCAUCAUUGGCGGUCUGUUGAUCUACGGAACCAUCAUCAGUUUCUCCAUGUUCUUCAGGGAACAGGAAGACUUUUAAAUUGC